UCAGUUAUUGGGUCCAGCCGGGCAUGUUCUGUUGCCGCCUGGAGUGGGAUGGCGCUGCGGCGGCGAGGGAGGACAGCUCGACGUUCGCCAACCAACCACAAAGUUUCGACCGCAUGCUCGCGAUGCGACUUGAGCUCCUACACGCAAUCCGACCUUCCGCCGCGACACAGCCGCACGCACGCGCAUAAGCAGCCAGGCAUCACGCGUCAUUUGCUGUAUUGAAUCCGCUAGAGCUUUGCAAGGCUCCAGAAGUCGCGACCGUCGCGCGCAAUGAACACGCUCAAUUCCUCGUCCGCGCCCGCGGCGGGCGAAUACGCUGGAGACGAGGUCGCCGCCAUUGUGCUCGACCCCGGCUAUUCGAGCAUCCGCGCCGGCUUCGCCGGCGAGGACGUCCCCAAAUCCGUCUGCCCCAGCUUCUACGGCCAGAUUGAUUCCGACUCUGGCUCACAAUACCUUUAUGGCGAGAAUGCGAUACAUACACCGGCACCCCACCUCCAAAUAAAGAACUACUGGGGCUCAGAUGGCAUCGUGGAGGACUGGGACACGGCAUCCAAGGUCUGGGAGUACGCCAUAACGUCGCGGUUGACGGGCGCAAGGGCCGGGGACCCUGCGAAGAAUGGCCUGAACGACGGUCCGAAAGAGAACGGAAACGGCGACGCUAUGGAGGUGGAUAUGGAGACGAUCGAGAACCAGGAGAAGCCGCUCGAGGAGAGCCCGCUCCUGAUGACGGAGCCGGGCUGGAACCCUACAAAGGCACGCGAGAAGGCCAUUGAGAUCGCCAUGGAGGAAUGGGGCACACCCGCCUUCUACCUCCAGAAGACGGGCGUGCUGGCGGCCUUCGCAUCAGGCAAAGCCUCCGGCAUCAUCAUUGACGUCGGCGCAUCACACACCUCCGUCACACCCGUACUGGACGGCAUGGUCCUAAAGAAGGGCGUGCAAAAGUCCCCCCUCGCAGGGAACUUUGUCUCCAACCAGAUCCGCCUCGGUUUCAAGCAGUCGCAGCCCGAGAUCCCACUCACACCUCACUACCUCGUCAAGUCCAAGACGCCCGUCGACGCUGGCAUGCCCGCCCAGGCCAUCUACAAGACCUUCGACAUUCCACCAACAGACUCUUUCCGCCACUACCAGGAAGAGCGCGUCCUCACCGAAUACAAAGAGUCCGUUGUAGAAAUCUGGCCAGGCCCCGGCCGCCUCUCCAACGGCACCAACGAGGAAAUCGCGAAAAGCAUGCCGGGCCGGCCCUUCGAGAUGCCCGACGGCUGGAACCAGGUCUUUGGGGUAGACCGCUUCCGGGCUGCCGAGGGCCUCUUCGACGCCAACGCUGCCCUCACCGACGACGCGAAUCCCCGGCCAAAGGACGAGCACACGAUCCCGCGCCUCGUGCAGGCCGCUGUGCAACAGGUCGAUGCGGACCAGCGCCCGCUGCUCCUGCAGAACAUUGUCGUCACGGGCGGCUCCACGCUUCUCUACAAGCUGGGCGACCGGUUGAACUACGAAAUCAACGCGCUCUACCCGAGCACGAGGAACAAGCUGAUCGCGCCUGGGCCAGUGGUGGAGAGGAAGUAUGCCGCUUGGAUUGGAGGCAGCAUUCUGGCGAGUCUGGGGAGUUUCCACCAGCUGUGGAUAAGCCGGAAGGAGUACGAGGAGCACGGCGCGAACAUUGUGGAAAAGAGAUGCAGGUAAGAAAUUGUACGGAGGUUGGUGUAGCGUGGUGAGAGGAGUGGAAGCGCUUCAUUACCGAAUGGUGCGGAUUGUUGCAGAACUUUGUGGGCAUCAGUAUAUGCUCGUAUGUAGAAUUAUGGUCGUUGACAUCUCGAUUUCAUACUGAAGGUCCGCAUCGUCUGUAACAUGCCUGCUCGAAGCUCUAGACCUAGCUGUAGGACGAGCAGGGAGUACAGAGACGGAGAAACGCACCAUCAUAUAAGCGAGCACAAAUGGCG